CGCCUCUCCUUGAAGCAACGUGUUCAAACCCUUGACAAUCUAUAAUGUCCUUGAAACCAGACCGAAGAAAUCGCUCCUGGAUUAACCGUUUUCUAGCCUCCCUCCGUCGAGUAUUCAUGUCAGAGCCUCCUCCUGGACUCCAAGUUCUAAAGUUUCACUGUCCAAAUGGGCCUGAUGUGAAUAGCGCAUCAGUGCUGGGUUGGUGUUCCCAGAUGGCAGAUUUUUGGGAUAAAACCCAUGGUAAUCUGUACGCAAAGUGUGUACUGGCACGCAUGGAGUACUAUAAAUGUACUGGUCAUCCCGAACACGAAUUCCUCUUGUUUUAUUUCAGACAUUGGAUCGAUGGCUGCUCCGCUCAGGCUGUAGUGUCUGCAGACCGUGCUGUACAAGUACAAGGCCGUUCCCUCAAACAAUCAUCUGAAAUAGUCUCUCCCUCAUCAUCCAACACCGACGCGUACGACUCUGUAUCUAUAUAUGGUUCCCCCCGCGAUGCAGUGCCACGACUUCAAGAGAGAUAUGCACCAUACAGCAAGCUCUGUACCUUUCACUUUCCUUCAUCUUCGGCGCCCUCAGCACUUCAAGUGUCCAUUGUCCUGUCUCUAGUACACCGCCAGGCUCCGGCAUACCACCUAUACGAAAACCAAUGCUAUUGGUUUUCAAGCGCAGUGUGGGGCAGCUUGAAAGAGCUGUUCCCUAGUGACCAAGACUCGGAGUGUGAAAACCAUCGUGCACGUUCACGUUAUCGCGGGGUUGCAUUAGGAUCGCCGACUGAGGGUAUCGAGGCUGUAUGUGCUGCUUAUCAGCCCGAGUGGCAAAAGAUGUUGGAAAUGCUCGAGCAGGUAAAGUGCCAUCACGAAGCUGAAGAGGAAAAGAAUCGACAGAAAUGGGAGAUGGAGCGUGAGGUCAAAAAUGAGCCGUUUCGCAAAGCACAGGAGGCCGAAAUGGAACGAAUUCGCCAAGCAGAAAUUUGCGCGCAGGCUGAAGUCGAGCGAGUUCGCCGAGCAAAAGACACCGAAAUCGAGCGAAAGGACACCGAAAUUGAGCGAGUUCGCCAAGCAGAAAUUUGCGCGCAGGCUGAAACCGAGCGAGUUCGCCGAGAAAAAGACGCCGAAAUCGAGCGAGUUCGCCAAGCAGAAAUUUGCGCGCAGGCUGAAGUCGAGCGAGUUCGCCGAGCAAAAGACGCCGAAAUCGAGCGAAGGGACACCGAAAUCGAGCAACUUCGCGCGAGGCUUGCCGCUUUAGAUGGAUAAUAUUUCGUAUCACAUGCCGUGAAUUUACUAUGCCCUGUUCGUGUUCCAUCUCUCCUCCAUAUUCCAUAGUAUAACAAAGGGGCAAUACUACGAGCUUUCCGGGCUCAUCAUCAGCACAUCUCACAUAAAGUAUUUGGCUCAAAACGUGCAC